AUGCCUGUCGAAAUUACUCGUAUGGUCGAAAGCGACAUAGAAGGCGCCAUCGAUUGUAUUCAAAAGGCAUUCGCUCAAGACCCCUACUUCGCUUGGGUGUUCUCUGAAAAUUUUUCUCCGGCACGCAAUCGUGUCUCGCUCGGUAUCCGCUGCAGAUGGGGUCUCGAGCACGCUCUGUUCUACGUAGCCAAAGACCCUUCAUCGUCUACUCCUUCGCGCGUUCUUGGUAUCGCCUGUUGGUUGCCUCCCGCCAAUGCUUCUGCUCCACAGUCUUGGAAAAGCUGGUUUGGCGAUUGGUCGUUGUGGUUCAAUCAACUCUGGAUGAACUCUGUGUAUGGCAGGGGCGGUCUGAACGUGCGCCGCUACUAUAUCUGGAAAGCUGCUCAAAGCGACGCUCAGCGCCAGCUAUGGACCGAUGACCAGGGUUACUACUUUUGUAAUAUUGUGACGGUGCUACCAGAGGCACAAGGGAUGGGAAUAGGAAAAGAGCUUUUCGGAGUCGUCAUGCGUCAAGCAGAUGCCGAAGGGCGAAAGUGUUAUCUCGAGAGUUCGAGGGCGGAGCCAAAUAUGGCCAUAUAUCGGAAGAUGGGAUUUGAGCUAGCCAAGGAGAUGAAGUGUGAUGACCAGGGAACUGCCAUCACUCUGUACUGUAUGAUGAGGGAGCCGCGGUCCGACUGA